UUCAAAUAUGAUUAACAAUGUAUUCUCUCUUUUGUAUGAAUUAAUGGAUAUUAAGUGGAUGUCUUUUGGGGAAAUGAAUGGGGUCGCGCGCAGAUCUGUGGGGUGUCGCAAGCGCUCGUGCACGGCAGCAUCAUCACGCGCAGCAUCUUUCGCCCACCGAUAUCAUUGUACCUUCUCAGACAAAAAGAGCGUUACUACCGCGUUGCAUCUGGAUAUUCUGCUCUCCUGGAUAACCGUGAGGGUAUUUGUGCGGCUGGAUUGGAGUGUUUUCAUGGAAAAUGGCGAGAUGGGCUCACGCAUGUCUGCUGCUGAUGAUGGGGAUUUUCAGCGGAUCGUGGACCGCAGUGGACGCACUCACAUUUCCACAGCAUUACACGAUCAUGCACUGGGCUCGUCGCAUUGAACAGGAGAUUGACAGAGUCCUGCAGCACAUCAGUGGCGCUCAACAACUGAAAGGGAUCUACAGUGAGAAGAGAAGGCAGUUCAGUCUGGUCAGAAAUAACCCUCGAGAAAUCGUAGAGAAAGUUGCGACUGACAUCGAGAGACUGCUGGCCAAGAAACGCAAAGCGCUUGAGAAACUUGCGAGUGAAGCAGAGCGUCUUCAGAAAGAGCAUCGGUGGCAGGAUGGAAUCAAGGAGGAAAAUAUUGAAUAUUAUAACUCUAAAGCAGAGAUGGACUAUGACGGUGAGGACAUUGAUUCCCAGAUGUCGUUGAAACUGGAGUUUGUGUAUGAUCCGAACUUCAAAAACCAUGUGAAUUACUCACACACUGCCGUCCAGAUCCCCACAGACAUCUACAAAGGCGCUCCGGUGAUUCUGAACGAGCUGAACUGGACGCAGGCGUUAGAGCGAGUCUUCAUAGAGAACAGCAGAGACGACCCAUCGUUGCUCUGGCAAGCAUUUGGUAGCGCCACCGGCGUCACAAGAUACUAUCCAGCUGCUCCCUGGAGAGCGCCAGAUAAGAUCGACCUUUAUGAUGUACGACGCCGACCGUGGUACAUUCAAGGAGCGUCAUCGCCCAAAGAUAUGGUCAUCCUCGUAGACGUGAGCGGAAGCGUCAGUGGACUCACUCUCAAACUGAUCAAAGCUUCGGUCAUGGAAAUGCUCGACACACUCUCAGACGACGAUUACGUCAAUGUGGCCAGGUUCAAUGAGAAGGCUGAGGCUGUGGUGCCCUGUUUUAAGCACCUGGUUCAAGCGAACGUGCGCAAUAAGAAGAUCUUUAAAGAGGCUGUGCAGCAGAUGCAGGCCAAAGGAACCACCGAUUACAAAUCCGGCUUUCAUUUCGCCUUUAAUCAGCUGCUAAAUAAGACAAAUGUUCCUCGAGCCAACUGUAAUAAAAUCAUCAUGUUAUUUACUGACGGAGGGGAGGACCGAGCUCAGGACAUCUUUGAGCAGUACAACUGGCCCAAUAAGACGGUUCGUGUGUUCACGUUCUCGGUGGGGCAGCACAAUUAUGAUGUCACUCCGCUGCAGUGGAUCGCAUGUGCUAAUAAGGGAUACUAUUUUGAGAUCCGCUCCAUCUGUGCUAUAAGGAUUAACACCCAGGAAUAUCUGGACGUGUUGGGCCGCCCCAUGGUUCUGGCAGGAAGAAGUGCCAAGCAGGUGCAAUGGACCAACGUCUAUCAGGACGCGCUGGGUCUGGGGCUGGUGGUGACGGGGACAAUGCCGGUGUUCAACCUCACUGUGGACGGAAACUCUCAGAAUCAGCUGAUUUUAGGGGUUAUGGGGGUCGACGUUCAUCUGGAUGAGCUGAAGAGACUCACGCCACAAUACAAGCUGGGAGCAAACGGAUACAUCUUUGCCAUCGACCCAAAUGGAUACGUGCUGAUGCAUCCGAACCUGCAGCCUCGAAAAGAGGAUUUGCCAGAGCCCGUGACGCUGGACUUCCUGGAUGCAGAAGUAGAAGACAGCAGCAAACAGGAGAUUCGUCGGCAAAUGAUUGAUGGCCGAUCGGGAGAGAUGACAAUCAAAACUCUAAUUAAAUCAAUGGAUGAGCGCUACAUUGACGAGGUCAUGCGUAUGUACAGCUGGACGGCCGUUAACGACACUGAUUACAGUCUGGGUCUGGUACUUCCUCCGUACAGUGAAUAUUACAUCCAGGCUGAUCUCAGCGAUGUCAUGUUACAGCUGCAGUAUUUACAGUCUCUGCUGCCGAACUCGUUUGAGUCGGCUGGUCACGUGUUUCUAGCUCCCAGAGAAUACUGCAAGCGUCUGCAGAUGGCUGAGAAUAACACACAGUUCCUGGCGGACUUCCUGUCUCUGAUGGUGGAGAUCUCACCUGAAUCUGAAGACUGUGAUCAGGGUCUCAUUCAUAACCUUCACUAUGGAUCUAUGGAUGAUCUGUUAAUCUCAGAGAACGGCACUGUGGGGAUUUUGGUCACCACGGCCGUGGAGGUUGUGAUCGGGGGCAAAACCAUGAAGCCUGCAGUGGUCGGCGUCAAACUGGAUUUGGAGGCCUGGGUCGACAAGUUCAAGAUCCUUGCCAGCAACGUAUCAGACAGCAGACAGGCCGCACAUAAGUGCGGCCCCUCCAGAUCCUGUGAGAUGGACUGUGAAGUGAACAGCGAUGAUUUGUUGUGUUACCUGAUCGAUGACGGAGGUUUCCUGGUGAUGUCCAAUCAGAGAGACCACUGGAAGAAGGUGGGUUUGUUCUUUGGCGAGGUCGACCCCUACCUGAUGUUCGCCCUCUACAACAACUCAAUCUACGCCCGUCAUCAGACCUUCCAGUAUCAGUCAGCCUGCGAGCCAAUGGCCAGCAGCCACACGGGAGCCGCGCACAGAGGAUUCUACGUGCCCUCCAUUGCUGAUUUUCUCAGUCUGGCCUGGUGGACAUCAGCAGCUGCGUGGUCUGUUCUGCAGCAGUUCCUGUAUGGACUCAUCUACAGUAGCUGGUUCACCACAGAAGAUGUCUGGGCUGAGAGUUCGGACACUAAAGGGAGCAGCAGCUGUGUUACGGUUCACAGUCAGUUCUACUUCACCAACACCACCAACUCCUUCAACGUGCUGCAGGAUUGUGGGAACUGCUCCAGGUUGUUCCACGCCAAGCGUAUAGAAAACACGAACCUGUUGUUUGUGGUGGCUGAGACUCUGCCCUGCAGCUCCUGCGAGAUCGAGAAACUCCUCCCUGUCAGAACAAAGUCUCAAGAAGAGAAUCCAUGUGAGGUGUUAAACUCCGCCCGCUAUCGGAAAGGCCCUGACAAAUGCUUUGACUACAACACAGAGGAGAACACGUCGGAGUGUGGCAGCGCUCACUCUUUACACUGUCCGAUGCGAGUUCUGCUCUGGAUUCAGUUAUUGUCGCUUUACCUCAUUCUACUAUCGUAAUCUGAGUCCCACUGCCUUCGGUGUUCCUGUCCCUCAUCCGUACGCAACUCCGGUCCUGGUUUUCCGGCUCUCUAUCUCAUCGUGAGGUGCAUUCCAGCUGUGUGCCAUUACAGCAGAGCAUGAUGGGAAAACAUGUCUUAGUAACCCCGACAUUGUGCAGAUCCAAAAAAACAAAACUGUCUUAAAUCAUUUCACCUUUAUAUUCGUAAAACGUCCAAAAAAAGUAUUUUUGCUUGCCAAAAACAGGAAAGGACCUGGUUUGUUUCAAAACACUGGAACACGACACGAGUUUUGGCUGUUAUUAUCACAAUCUCGCAUUGUGUGUUUAUUUGAGUCUUGCUUCGUUCUCGAUUUAGUGCCAAACCCUGACGUAUGUGAAUGCUCAAACGCUGGGGACUCGCAGCUUUCAUUGAAAUAUUGUUUUUUUGAAGCUUCCUUACCAAGAGAGAAUGUUGUAUUAUUAUCGCAAACUGCUUCGUUUAGGAAAAAAGAAAAAUAUUUAGAUUUUGUUUCGUGUUCAUUUAGAGCUUUUGUCGAAAGUUUUAAGGGCAUAUAUUGUGUCUAAAAAUUGCUGCCUGGUUUGUUACCCAACAGUGCCUUGGCGCACUUGUCCGAAUGGACCAACAAUAGCACUGGACGUGGAUUCGACUGACCCUGAAUGAAUGCUGGAGAAAUAUACGGUAUUGAAUGUUUACAGUAUAAGGGUGAAUGUCAUGAAACCUGGCAAAAGUUCAUAUUUCACCCCAAAAUCAAAAGAUAUAAAUAGGAAAUGUCACAUAAAGAAAGUGAAGCACAUUUUUAGGACCAUUAAGAUUUCAAAAGCACAUUUUCCCUCCAAAUAUCAUUACCGUAAUGCGAAAAAACACUUUUUCUUAUUACUGUAAUUUUACAAUAUGGUAGCAUUUGUUACACUGCCUUAAUUUAUGAUUAUUCAAAUAGUAAAAAAAACAUUAAAAUAAUGUCACAAUGCAAAAAAAAUAAAUAUCCACAAUGUUCCUACAAAUACCCUUCAUUUUCUUUUUAAGAGUUUUUGGGAAUUUUUCUGUUGAUUUUGGGGUGUUUCUCGUGAGACUCGCCCGUGCACGUAUUUUUGGCGUUCAGUAUGGGUUUAUUACACUUAUUCUACUGGUUCUGUCUUUAGAAAGUCACUCAAAUGGUUUUAUCUUUUUCUGAUGUAAAUAUGAUUAUUCCACACUGACUUGAUCUAGUUCAGUGUGUUUUAAUGAAAUGGAAUGCAAGCUGAUGUUUCGAUGUGCCGCUGCAUGCUGGGAAAAAUGAUAACUGCUAUUAAACUUGAUGAUUUUAGAACAUUUACUGGAAGGACAGUCGACCCUUCGAGCCAUUGAACGGACUAACUUUAUCUUCUUAAUGAGUCCGUAGAUAUUAUCCAAGGGUCGAUAUGUAUUUAUUUUGAUUUAAUUUAAAAGAUAUGGUGUGUAUAUUGCUUGCGAAAUGUAUCAAGUGUGAAUUUUGAGACGCUUUCAUGCUUUUAUUGAAAUGUUUUGGAUUUUAUCGCAGAUGUUUUGUUGCUUUUCAGUGAUUAUAUAUAACAUUUUAAAGAAAAAUUUGUUUGUUGUAUUUCAUCUUUUAACGUGGCCACACUUCCAAAACAAACGUACUUCCAAAUGAAUGGGUCGAGAUUCUUCUGAAUUGAACUGAAAGGGUUUCGCUUGACGUAUUUUGUAUCGUAAUGGCUUGAGCAAUACUUUGAAUUAUGUCAACUACGCUGAAAUGCAAGUGAGCGCUACUGAAUUAGUGUAAAGAGAGCAUGAAAUCAGUAUUGAGCCGCUUUCUUUGGAUGACUUUGAUUCAAGCUUGUCUUUGAAUAUUGGCUUAAUGUUUGUAUGUGCAUUAUGAGCAUUCUAACAGUAUUAUUUCAUGCCAAUAUAAGAGUAUUUAUACUAUUGUCUUUGUGUAAAAAAUUAUCAGUGUUACAAUGAAUUUAAUGAUGUGAAUAGGAAUGUUUUCAUUCUUUUUUUGUUUGUUUUUUAUUUCGUUCUGCAGAUGUUUGUUAAUUAUGUGAAAGGGGUUUUCCUCCCUUUCUGCGGUCUUCCAUAUCACUUCAUUUUGUACAGAUGGCUAACUUUGUAUCAUAUUGUGUCAUUCACUUCUGGGAGAUGUUUAUAAGAGAAUUGGUGAGAUAAAGACAUUCAUAUUUUU